CAACUGCGCAUGCGUCCCGGGCACCGGCCACAGGAGGCUUCGCUGUGACCUCCGGCAGCAGCAGAAGAUGGCGGCUGCCGCCAGGCUCUCUCACAAGGUCCGCUUCUUCAGCACCGGCCUCGUCCGCCCCGCCACCCAUCUCGUCAAGCCUCCAAUCCAGGUGUAUGGAAUAGAAGGUCGCUAUGCUACUGCUCUCUACUCUGCUGCUUCUAAGCAGAAGAAACUGGAGCAGAUGGAAAAGGAACUGAGUCGAGUAUUGACUCUUAUGAGGGAUCCCAAAUUGGCCAGUGUUGUCCUGAAUCCUCACAUAAAGGCUGCAAUUAAGAAAAAAACUGUAAAUGAUAUCGUAGUAAAAGAAAGAUUGUCCCCCAUCACUGUCAACUUGGUCAAUUUGCUUGCUGAAAAUGGUCGCUUGCAUCAAACUCCUGAUGUGAUUUCUGCUUUUGGAAAGAUCAUGAGUGCAUACCGUGGAGAAGUGCUCUGCUCGGUCACCACAGCUCAGCCCUUGGAUGAAGCCAGUCUUGCUGAGCUGAAAACUACUUUGAACAGCUUUCUGGCUAAAGGAGAAAUCCUAAAACUGGAGACCAAGACUGAUGCAUCAAUCCUGGGUGGAAUGAUUGUCAGCAUUGGAGAGAGAUAUGUUGACAUGUCCACAAAAACCAAGAUUCAGAAACUGACCAGAAUCAUGAAAGAAGCUGUUUAACACAUUAUCCUACUGUUUUUUUCACAGUGAGACCUAUCAAUACAAUCUGGAAACAAUAAAAAUAUUUGUCCUUGAA